AGAGAGAGAGAGACCAAGCAAAUAGACUCUCUCUCUUUCAAACACCGUGAAAAUAACGUGUAGGAUCCUAGGAUGUUACCUUCACCACAGUCCUAAGACCGGAAAUUACCUUCACCCUUUCCCUCCCCAGAUAGAUGUGUCAGGAACUGGCUAUGCAUCUGAAGGAGAGCAACAUACCCAGGGCAGGCGGCGUGCUGUCCCUUGAGCCUUCUGAAGACAUCAAUAGAAACGCACGGUCGAGUAGCGGCAGCACAAGCCUGUCUGAGAAGCAUAUCAUCAAUAACAACAACAACAACAAUACACUGAUCAACAACAACAACAUCAAUACUGCAGUUUGCGACAAGGAUAAUCAACCAGUUCUCAUUAUUGGCACAGCUGGAACGAAGAGUAGCCCGACAGACAGCCAGGUGGUGACACCGUGCCAGCUGGGUGCCAGAGAUGGCAUGAGUCACCCGUCACCCACCUCUUCGCUACCGGACCUCUCAGAGAACGGGAGUUGUGGCAGCGACCGCCUUCACCAUCCGUCGAUCUCCUCCGGGGGACCCAACCACCUGCGCCAUAUCAGGUCCUCCUCCAACUGCUCUCUCUCGUCCAUUGACAACGACGAGUCUGACCUCGAGUCGUUCAGCUCGCUCGAGGUCGACAUCCCCCGGGGCGACGGCCAGGACUCGAAACUCGCCAAGGAGAGGGACUCGAGGAGCCUCUUAGACUUCGAGGUGCUGGGCUACCACUCGCGGCGGCCGAGCUCCUCCUCGUGCGGGUUCCAGGAGGCCGAGGCGUGGCCCGGGGACGGCCUCACGCAGCUCAGCCCGCAGUGUAAUGACCUCAGCCCCGACAAGAACACCACCAACAACAACAUCAAUGAACUAGCGAGCAGCGGGGCGUUCGUGAAGUCGUUCUACGAUAAGCCCAAGCUCCAGCUCAGCCCCGACGCGUAUGUGAACAACCGGGCCGGAGACGACAAUGGCAACGUAGCCUCUCCUGACGGGAAAAGCGCCGCCGGGGAACUAUGUAACUCCUGCCCCUCCAGCCCUGACUCGCCCGGAUACGUAUCCGAAGACGAGAACCCCUCUGACAUCGAGCAGAAAAUGGCAGAGACCAAAGUGAAGAUGAACGAUGCAAUUCUGUCCAACGGGAAGGAGGAACUAGCGCUCCACAGCCGGAAGAUGAAGCAUUACAUCAAGCACAAGGAACUGAAGGAGAGUUGCGGCGCUGCGGCCAACCUCAAGCACACCAACAACAACGCCCUCAAGCAGCCCAACUCGCUCAAGCUGCCCGACACCAACGACGGCGACAACCGCUACACGCAGGUGCCCGAGAGCCCCAUCGUGGACGCCUACGAGAAGGAGUGCCUCGACGUGCCCGAGAAGAUGGUGCGCGAGCUGGAGAACCAGGCCAAGGAGAGCGCGGAGAUCGGAGCCGGAGACGACUUCAUCCCCUGCAAGAAGGAGAAGAUGGAGAUCAAUGAACACAAGAAGUGCCGCACGGAUGAGAAUGAUAACGACGACUCGGCUCCCGUCACGCCCACGGUCCAGACGCCCGUCAAGAGACCCGAAGGCGAAGGCAACAAGGAGAACGCAGCGCCACCUUCCUCUGCCACAGCGCCUCCUGCAGAGAAGCCGAGCCUGGCCCGCGUGACGUUCAGCGGUGUGGACGAGGUGGUUGUCCGCAGGCACGACAGCCCUCAGCGCCGCAGGGAGAAGGCUGCCUUCCGCAAGUCCGUCCCGCAAGCGUCCUGCGGUUCCUCGGCCAGGGCGAAACUCGGCUCUCCUGACGGGGGAGAGUUCGAUGUGUACACGAUGGAGACGGCGAUGCCCAAGAUCGACUGGGACGCCAUCGAGGCCCACCUGAAGGCCACGAAGGAGGAGGAAAGGCGGCGGCGCAAUGACCGAGAGGAGAUUCGACGUAAACUGGCCAUGGGGGUGGACGAUGACCAGUUCAUGGAGAGGCCAUAUCGCAAGCCAUCACUACAUUCCCGUUUACAGAGUGGUAUGAACCUACAAAUAUGUUUCAUGAAUGAGACAGCCAGUGACUGCGAAAGCCAAUGCUCAGACACAGAAAGUACUCAAGAUAGAGAAAUAGAAACAGAUCGGGUCUCGACCUCAUCUUCAAACAGCAAGGCUUCAACUCCACAGCCAACAAGGACUCGAACAUCAAACUCUGAAUCUGAUAUUAGGGAGAAGGAGGUUGAUUUCUUCGCACGGCAAGCACAGCUGCAAGCAGAGGCUCGCUUGGCGCUUGCACAGGCUAAGGAGAUGGCCAGAAUGCAAAUGGAGAUUGAGAAGCAGCAGAAAAAGAAGAGUCCCAUUGCAGAGAUUGUGAGGGAGAGCUUCCACAAGAUUGGUGUGCCAUUCCCAGACAGCAAGAGGCGAAUCAGCAGGCAGAUUCUCACCGAUAUGAAUGUUGCACAGUUGCAAGUUAUUGCAAAUGACCUACACACACAAAUUGAAAGCUUGAAUGAAGAUUUAGUCACUUUACUGAUGGAGCGAGAUGACCUCCACAUGGAGCAAGACUCUAUGUUGGUUGAUAUUGAAGAUCUAACAAAACACAUCGGCGCCAAGGAGCUGAGCCUCCAGCGAUCAACAGACAGCAAGGAUGAAACGAAGACGUCCUGGACCACAAGCCCAGCCCCAAGAAACAAAUCCAAUUCUAUGAGACUAAAGAUUAAGAAGUAGUUUGACGGUCCGCCAGCAUAGCAGGUGGCAGGAUAGGCAGGUUAUUCAAUUCCUAUAUGUCGGUGUACUGAUCAACUAGCCAUUAUCAGCGUGGCGGGUUGUCCACAGAGGGAAAGGGGGAUAGUACUCGUGAAUAGUGAGAUUGAAAUAACCAUUGUCUACUGUGCUAGUUCUAGAGUUUGGACUGUCAGAGAUUUUAUCAUUGAACAGGGGGAUGAUUUCAACAGUCAUUUUCACAAAAGUGAGUGAAUGAUCCCAGUAAUAUUGAUACGAUAAUUAUUUUAUAAAAAGUUUAAUCGCUAUUAUAUCAUCCAACUGAUUGACUUUGAGCAGCUGUAUCUUUUGUAUUCAAAGUUUUCUAUUUGUUAAAUAGGUUUUCCUUCUGGCAAAUGGUUACUAGUUUGAAGGGUUAUAUGUAUGUAUAAUAUGUGUGUGUGUGUGGUGUGUGUGUGUGUGUGUGUGUGUGUUGUGUGUGUGUGUGUGUGUGUGUGAUAUAAUAUAUUAUAUAUUAUAUAUGACAUAUGAUAUAUAUAAUUAUAUAUAUAUAUGAUAUAUAUAUGUGAAGAUGUGUUUUUCAUUUUAUUCAAAAAGUUCUGUUGCUUUAGCUGAACAGUCAAAGGAUACUUAAUGUACAUGAUUAAUGUACUCUCCCUCUCAUGGUGCUGUGAUAUCACCCCCUUGUUAGGUUGUUUUUAUGUAGGUAUGGUCAAGUCAGCUUUUAUUUUUGGGAAUAAAUAGGUAGGAUAUGUAGUAAAUACAUCCUUGGAAGAAGUAGCAAGGUGAGAAGGGAUGUCAGCUUCCUUUUCUGCCGAGAUCUCUUGACCUCAUUUUCACUCUCUCUCUCACUCACUUUUGUAUUUUCUUUUACUCUCUGUAUUGAUAUUGUAGUGGCUACCUUGUUUUUUUUAUAUUAUGAACUUUUUCACUUCCUAAACUGACGUACAGGUACCUCUGCAACAUUGUAGCGUUUAUUUAGGAAUCUCUUGAAAUAGUACAGUUUUAAUAUUCUUUUCUAUGAGCUAAAUUGUCGUAUAGCCUACUGCAAAAUACCCAUGUGUAAGAAAUAGCUUCUGGCUGUACAGGGCAGAAAAUUGUUAUAUCUUUUUUUUUAGUAAUAAAUGAUCUGUAAGGUUAUUCCUGAUAUACUCACAACAGUGGAUAUAAUGUGAUGUGGUUGUGUAACCUUAUUUGUAAAGCAGGACGGUUGUUGGAGGUCUUGUCUCACUUCAUCAUUGUUAUCAUUACACUUUUAUUUACUUUUAUUGAUUUUUAUUUAAUUUUUCUGAUAAGAUUUUUUUCACUAUCCAUCAUAAUUAGAAAGAACUGUACGGUUGAGAGGUACAAAGUUUUUGUUGCAUCACUAAAGCCAAGGUACUGGAAAUUUCUGAAGAAAUGUGCCGCAUGUUCCCUGGUGUCAUAGAUGAUGGCAAGGAAUAUCUGGCAUGUGAAAUACUCUACAAUUGAUACUUGAUAAUAAAUAGUUUAGAGACACUGUAAACUGAAUUGAAAAAAAGAACUUGCAUAUGGACAUAUUGUAGCUCAGAUUUUGGGUUAGAAGAAAUAUUAAGCCAUGUUCUUCUCUGUGUAAUAUCCUAAGAAGAUUACACUUAUCAUCUCAGCAUGCAUUCCAAUGUCCAUGUGAUCAUUCAGUGUUUCUUUCCCACACAGUAUACUUGAGAACUGGUUUUAGAUAUAAGAGUCAAAAAGCAAGUAGAAAUCUCCUUUUAACUAAGGACCUAUUUGAUCACAUUUAAAUAUCAUGAGCUUCUAUUGACAUUAAUUUAUUAUAAAAUAACUGCAACAAUGAGACCAACAAAUUUUUCAACUUUGAACCUCAUCGGUAAACAAUACAAAAACUGAUUGUUAAUCAGAAACCUAAAUCAAGAAACAUCGGCAACCUGACGGUUUCUCAUUGCCUGCAUCUGUCCAUUACAUGUACUUUAAGGAACCACAAUAUCUCAGAAGCAGGAGUUGCAGGUGAUUUUAGAUUAUAGUUCAGAUAUUUGAUCUAUGGAUAGUAUGAAUGUGUAUAUUUACAAGCAUAUCUAUAAAUAUAUUUAUUUUGUCUUUGGGUUUAGAAAUUUUUGAGCUGGAUUUUUAAAUUUUUUAUUUUAUUCCUGUUUUUUGGGGGGCUUAUGCGACUGAGAAUAACAUAAGCAAACCCAGGUAAGCUCUCUGAUACAUGUGCUGACAAGGCAAGGCAUGACAGGUUUAUAUCAUCCAUACCUUGGCAGUCAUUACUAGACAGGCUAUUCUUUUAACUAAGAAAGUCCACCUCUUCUCUUCAUAGGUGCAUGGAUCUAAAAUAUAUAUGAUUCUAUAUAUAUAUAGUGUGCAAGAAGGUAUAGUUAGUCCCUGAUUGAGAUCAGUAGGAUACUGUUGUGUGGCCUGUAAUCCUUCCAAGGAUAUUAUUUAUAAAAUGCUUAGAAGCCAAAAGAUUUUUUUUCUUUUUCUUUCUUUCUUUUCCCUUUUCUUUUCUUUUAUGCUUCAGCAAAAAAUAUUAGUUUUGUUUAACAAAUUUGAUUUCUGCACAGAUUUCCUGUGCCUUCAACACUUGAAUGAAUAUGCUCAUAAAUGUGAAAUUAUCCUCUUUUGGGUGGAAUUAAGCUACAAGUUUACAUGAAGAUGCAUUGUUGAUUGUCUUUGAAGAUGUGCACAUGAACUUUUUUUUUUUUUUUUUUUUUUUUUUUCUGGAGAAUCUGGGAAAGAUCAUGUUGAAAAAAUUAGCACCUAAGUUGUUUCCUUAGUGCAGAACACUGUCAUUUCUGAACAAAGUCUUGCCAUCUACAGCUAAUAAUAGAGUAUUCAGUGACUGCAUGUGUAAUAUUUAUUAAAGAAUAGAAAAAGAAAUAAAAAUGUGAAAAUGAGUGUGCAUCAGUAGCCUGGUCUUCCACUGAGAGUACAAGUAGGCAUCACUUCAAAGUUUCGUGAUAUUUUCGCCCCCAUCGUCUCCAGCUCUUAUUUUGACAGCCUCUUUCAUAACCCUUGGAAGGUUAAGUCUGGAAUAACCCACACAGCACAAGUUCUUGAUGUAACAAUAGGGACUCCUUAAACAAGAUACUACAGUGCUACUUUGUUGAUGUUAUUUAAGUAAUAAACAAACGUUAUAUGCGAUAAUAUAAAGGUGCACAUAAUCAUACCUCUCCUAGACAUGUAGCUUCUUUAAAGAAUAAUGUCUACUGUAAGGGCUUUAUAAAUGACAAAAUUAGCUUUAUUAUAUCCAAGUUAUAUGUACUGUAAUUAUCAUUUUUGUAAAAUUUGAUUUGCCAAAUUCACACACACCUUAGCACACAUAAGCAAAACAAAACAAAAAAAACAAAAACAUUCUCGAAAAAGACAAGCCAAAGAAUUGUUUCUCUUACCAAAUAUUACUCUUUAUUUUUAUUAUUAUUAUCAUUAAUAUUACUAGCAUUUUCUAUAGUACUCGUUAUUAUAUUUAUAUUUUUUACUUUAUUCUUACUUUUUUUUUUUUUCCAUUUGAGAAACUUUGAACUGUUAGGAAUGCAGUUUGUAUUACCUUCAUUGUUAUCAGAGUUGGUUUUGGAUACAGAAUAUUUUGCCUUUUCUCAAUGAUAACCUGUUUGGCAUCUCAGUUUGAAAAUCCACAAUUAGACUCCAUCUGCCAUAUUUUGUUUGUUUUUUCUUUCUUUUUUUGUACCACAGUUAAACAUAAAGAUAUUUUCAUGUAUAAAUUUUUUUUUUUUUUACAUUUAUUAAAAACAAUCAGAGACCAUCUUACUGAUUGGGCAAGUGCUUGACAGAGGGCAAUGGUAUCGUUAUGUAUCCUGUUAUCAGCACAACCAAGCUUUUAUGUCGCUUUCAUGUUUAGCUCUUUUGCGUUUGCUAAUCUGAGCGUUGUACAUAUCUGUUUCAAAUAAAAGUCUACAUGAA